AUGGCCAGCCCCGCGCCCUUGGUGGCCUCCAUCAGCCACCAGAUGGUAGCUCUGCAGACCCUGCAGCUGUUGCAGCAAGAGUGGGGGUGGGGAGAAGGUCCGGGCGGCCCCGGGGGCCCGCGCGACCCGGACCACGUGUCCGCCGCCCCAGCGCGUCGCCCAGGCCCGUCGCGGGCCCGCCCGGGGUCCGGACGCGAGGAGGGGGCCGUGGGGCGCAGGCCCGGAGGUGGCACCGCGGCGCCGGCGGGCUCCCCAGAGGCGGAGGCGGUGCGAGGUGCCGAGGGGGGCGCGGAGCUGCUGCCCUUCCCCCAGAACCCCCGCGCGCCCUGCACCCUGGCCCGCAUGGCAAUGCGCAGCGCGCUGGCCCGCGUGGUGGACUCGACCUCCGAGCUGGUCAGCGUGGAGCAGACGCUGCUGGGUCCCCUGCAGCAGGAGCGGGCCUUCCCCGUGCACCUGAAGGAUAGCGUUGAGUUUAGAAACAUCUGCAGUCACCUGGCUCUACAGAUGGAGGGACAGCAGUUUGACAGAGACUUGAAUGCUGCCCACCAGUGUCUGAAGACCAUAGUCAAGAAGCUGAUUCAGUCUCUCGCCAACCUUCCUUCGGAUUCACACAUGGUGGCCUGUGCUUCCUUGAGGCAGAUUCUACAGAACCUCCCAGACGUAUGA